UGGCGAUAAGACAAGGAGCGCGGAUGCUGCGGCUGCUGCCGCCGCUGCUGCUGCUGCUGCUGGCGGGGGCCCCGGGGCCGGGGGCCGCAGGGACCGCGGGGACCACCGCCCCGGCCCCGGCCAGCCUCCACCUGCACCCAGACCUGCGCCCCGGAGCCCCGCAGGACCGGGGCUUCUUCACGCUGGAAGCCGCCGCGGACCCAUCACCCGGAGCAGGAGGAGGAGGAGGAGGCGCCGCGGCGCCGGCGCCCUCUCUGGCCGGCGGCAGCGCUCCUCGAGGCGGCCGCGGCUCCAGCGGAGUCCCGCCGCAGCGGCGGAGCCGCCGGAGCGCCGGGGAGGCGGCCAUGCCCAAGGUGUACGGCCAGGCCAACCUGAACGACUCCCACAACCAGAUGGUGGUGCACUGGGCCGGGGAGAAGAGCAACGUGAUCGUGGCUCUGGCCCGGGACAGCGCGGCGGCCAGCGGGCCCAAGACCAGCUCCGUCUACGUGUCCUACGACUACGGGAGGACCUUCAACCCCGUCUCUGACCGGUUCCAGCUGUCGGGGGCCAAGGCCAAGGACGGCAGCAAGCAGGCCAUCUCCCAGUUCUACCACAGCCCUUCAGACAACCGGAGGUACCUGUUUGUGGACUCCACCAACAACUACCUGUGGAAUACGGUGGACUUCUGUAAGAGCGUGCAGGGCUUCCCCCUCCCCUUCAAGCCCACCGACCUGCUGCUGCACCCCCGGAGAGCCAGCCUGGUGCUCGGCUACGACGGCUCACAUCCAAACAAGCAGCUGUGGAAAUCAGACGACUUCGGGGAGACGUGGGUGUUGAUCCAGGAGCAUGUGAAGACCUAUUUCUGGGGUGUGGAGCCCUACGACCCGCCCACCACGGUGCUGGUCCAGAGACACGAGCCUCAGGGAGUUUCCACCGUCCUCAGCAGCACCGACUUCUUCCAGAGCGAGCAGAACCGCCGAGUCAUCCUGGAGCAGGUGGACAGCUUCCAGCUGAGAGACAAGUACAUGUUCGCCACAACCACACGGAAACAGUUUGGCAGCCACGAUCCUUCGUCCGUCCAGCUCUGGGUGUCCUACAACCGCCAGCCCAUGAAAUCAGCUCAGUUCAGGACCCGACACCCCAUCACAGAGUACUACAUCGCUGACGCGUCGGAGGACCAGGUGUUUGUGUGCGUGAACCACCGGAACAACAGCACACACCUCUACAUCUCCGACACGGAGGGGCUGUCCUUCUCUCUGUCCCUGGAGAACGUGCUGUACUACAGUCCUGAAGGAUCGGCCAGCAACACACUCAUCAGGUACUUUGCCAGCGAGCCGUUUGCGGACCUGCACCGCGUGGAGGGGCUGCGCGGCGUCUUCAUUGCCACCCUCAUCAACGGCUCCGUCAGCGAGGACAACAUGCGCUCCGUCAUCACCUUCGACAAGGGCGGGACGUGGGAGCUGCUGCAGCCGCCGGUGGCCGACAGCCUGGGGGGAACCGUGGACUGUCAGCUCAGUAAAGGCUGCUCCCUCCACCUGGCCCAGCGCUGGAGCCAGCUGUUCAACAUCCAGCUGAGGAGGAUGACCAUCCUCUCCAAGGACUCGGCCCCGGGACUCAUCAUGGCCACAGGAUCUGUAGGCAGGAACUUGGCCAACAAACCCAACGUGUACGUGACGAGCAGCGCUGGAGCUCGCUGGAGAGAGGCGCUGGCAGGUCCUCAUUUCUACACCUGGGGGGACCAUGGAGGUGUGCUGAUGGCCAUCGCUCAGGGAGGCUCCACCAAACAUCUCAGGUUUAGCACCAAUGAAGGCGAGACCUGGACUGAGUUCCAGUUCUCCGACAAGGAAGUGUAUGUCUACCAGCUCCUGACGGAGCCUGGGGAGAAGAGCACCAUCUUCACCAUCUUCGGCUCCUACGCCGAGCAGAAACACAGCUGGCUCAUCCUGCAGGUCAACACUUCAGACGUGCUGGGUGUCCCCUGCUCCGAGGCCGACUACAAGCGCUGGUCCCCGUCAGACGAGAGCGGGAACGAGUGUCUGCUGGGGCGGGAGGUGACGUUUAAGAGACGAGCUCCUCACGCCACCUGCUUCAACGGGGAGGACUUCGACAGGCCCGUGACCGUCAGCAACUGCUCCUGCUCGCGCCAGGACUACGAGUGCGACUACGGCUUCAAGCUGAACAAAGACCUGUCCCUCCAGGUGUGUGUCCCCGACCCCGAGUUCCUGGGGGACCUGUACGCUCCUCCGGUUCCCUGUCCUGUCGGGACCACGUACCGCCGCAGUAAAGGGUACAGGAAGGUUCCAGGAGACAGCUGCAGCGGAGGAGACGUGGAGUCCAGGCUGGACGGAGAGAUGCUGCCCUGUCCCGUUGGAGAGAGCAACGAGUUCAUCCUGUACGCCGUGAGGAACUCCAUCCACCGCUACGACCUGGCCACGGGGGCCGACCAGGCGCUGCCGCUGGCCGGCCUGCGGGAGGCCGUGGCUCUGGACUUCGACUACGACUGGAACUGUCUGUACUGGGCCGACAUCUCACUGGACACCAUCCAGCGUCUCUGUCUGAACGGCAGCACGGGUCAGGAGGUGGUGGUGAGGAAGGACCUGCAGAACGUGGAGGCCCUGACCUUUGACCCCAUCAGCCGCCUGCUCUACUGGGUGGACGCCGGAGCGCAGAAGAUCGAGGUUUCUAACCCCGACGGGGACCUGCGUCACACGCUGCUCAACUCCUCGGUGCUGGAGCAUCCCAGAGCCCUGGUCCUGCUGCCCGGAGAGAGCCUGAUGUUCUGGACGGACUGGGGGGACCGGGCGGCCGGCGUCUACCGCGGCUCCAUGGACGGCACCGGCGUGUCCUGCAUCGUGUCGGAGGGCGUGCGCUGGCCCAACGGCAUCACGGCGGACGAGCGCUGGCUGUACUGGACGGAGGCGUACAGCGACCGCAUCGAGAGGGCCGACUUCAGCGGGCAGCAGAGGACGGUGCUCAUGGAGGGGCUGCCCCACCCCUACGCCAUCGCCGUCUUCAAGAACGACCUGUACUGGGACGACUGGUCCAGGAUGGGGAUCUUCAAGGCUCCCAAGGCCGGCUCUCCCAACAACGAGCUGAUCGUGGGCCGGCUGACCGGAGUCAUGGACCUGAAGAUCUUCUACAAGGGGAAGACCCGAGGCCGCAACGCGUGCGCGGACCAGCCGUGCAGCCUGCUGUGUCUGCCCCAGCCCGGCAACAAGCACACCUGCGUGUGUCCGGACGGAGACCCCGCGGUGGCCGCGCCCGGCGGGGAGCUGCGCUGCCAGUGCCCGCCCGGAUACACGCUGCACAACAACACCUGCAACAAGACCGAGCGCAGCUGCCUGCCCAACCAGUACCGCUGCUCCAACGGCCGCUGCAUCAGCAGCAUCUGGAAGUGCGACAGCGACAACGACUGCGGGGACAUGAGCGACGAGCAGGAGUGUCCCACCACCACCUGCGACCCGUCCAACCAGUUCCGCUGCGUGGCCUCGGGCUCCUGCAUCCCGCUGGCCUUCAAGUGUGACCAGGAGGACGACUGCGGGGACAACAGUGACGAGGACCACUGUGAGUCUCACCAGUGCGGACCCGGGGAGUUCACCUGUGCCCGGGGCGUGUGCAUCCGCGAGGCGUGGCGCUGCGACGGAGACAACGACUGCAGGGACUGGUCGGAUGAGGCCAACUGCACAGUGGGCCACCAUACCUGUGAGCCCAGCAGCUUCCAGUGCCACACGGGCCACUGCAUCCCGCUGCGCUGGAAGUGUGACGGAGACGACGACUGCCAGGACAAUUCUGAUGAAGAUCCUCAGUACUGCGAGGGAACUCAGUGUAAAGGCUUCCUCUGCUCCAACAACACCUGCCUGCCGUCGGUAGCGCACUGCAACGGCAUCCAGGAGUGUCCGGACGGAGCUGACGAGCACAACUGUGACCCUCUGUGUACCCGCUACAUGGAGUUUGUGUGCAGGAACCGAGCCCAGUGUCUGUUCCAGUCUCUGGUCUGUGACGGCAUCAAGCACUGUGAGGACGGCUCGGACGAGGACGCCGAGUACGCUGGAUGUGCCUCGCCGUCUGAAUUCAGCAAGGUGUGCGACGCCUACACCUUCCAGUGUGCCAAUGGCGUGUGCGUGAGUCUGGAGUGGAAGUGCGACGGCAUGGACGACUGCGGGGAUUACUCCGACGAGGCCAACUGUGCUGCUCCCACCGAGGUUCCUGGCUGCUCCCGCUACUUCCAGUACGAGUGCAGGAAUGGCCGCUGCAUCCCCACCUGGUGGAAGUGUGACGGGGAGAACGACUGCGGGGACUGGUCCGACGAGGCCCAGUGUACAGGUGGUGUUACUCCCCACAACGCGACGGCCGGUCCGUCCACCUGUGCCCCCAACCGUUUCCACUGCGGCUCCGGCGCCUGCAUCAUCAACUCCUGGGUGUGUGACGGCUACGCCGACUGCCCCGACGGCAGCGACGAGCUGGGCUGCCCCACAGCCAACGGCUCGGUGACGCCGGCCCCGGCCCCCACCCAGGCGGCCGCCCCCCCUCCCCCGACCCCCGGCCGCUGCGCUGCAGGCCAGUUCCAGUGCCAGCGCCCGCCCCGCUGCAUCCCCGAGUGGCAGCGCUGCGACGGACAGCUCCACUGCCAGGACGGCUCCGACGAGGCCCGCUGCCCCACUCGGGGACCUCUGUUCUGCAUCAACGGGACUCGCUGCGCCGACGGCGAGGCCUGCGUGCUGGACAGCGAGCGCUGCGACGGCUUCCUGGACUGCUCCGACCACAGCGACGAGGACAACUGCACCCCCGACUCUCUGGCCUACAAGGUCCAGAACCUCCAGUGGACCCCAGACUUCCUGGGAGCCGUCACCCUGACCUGGUCCCGGCCCAAGAACCUCCCGGUGAACUCCUGCAACUUCCUCAUCAACUACAGGGUUGUGGGGCUGCAGCCGUGGACCCCCAUGGAGACCCACAGCAACAAGACCAGCUACAAGCUGACGGUGCUGCAGCCUGACACCACCUACCAGGUGAAGGUUCUCACCCAGUGCCUCAGCAAGCUGCACAAGACCAACGAGGUGAUCAUCGUGAGGACGCCAGAGGGACUACCCGACCCCCCCGGGAACCUGCAGCUGUCCUGCAACCACCGCGAGGACGGGAUGGUGCUGGUUUCCUGGAGCCCUCCUGACAAGGCCCACGGCCUGAUCCGAGAGUACAUUGUGGAAUACAGUGAGCGUGGAGGUGUGGACUGGACGUCUCAGCGCUGCACUGAAACCAGCACGGAGGUGAAGGAACUGCAGCCAGACGCUCUGUACCGCUUCAGGGUGGCGGCGGUGACCAGCAGAGGGGUCGGGAACUGGUCCGAGAUCAAGUCCGUCACACCUAAGAAAGCGCUGCCCCCUCCCUCGGUGAACGCUGACGGCAUCACGGACGACUCCAUGAGCCUGUCCUUCGUCCUAAACUCCCUCUACGACGUGAAACACUUCAUCGUGAUUCUGUCCUGGCAGUUCGACUCCCAUGUGAAGGAAAGCAGGAACUACACCGUCACAGGGAGGCUGCUCAAAGCUACCAACCUGACGGCGGGGACUCUGUACGAGGUGGCGGUCUGGGCCCACACCAGCAUCGGGGACAGUCCCAGCAACCUGUCCCAGCACCAGACCAGCGGGACCCAGCCGGACCGGCCCCUGCUCAAGGCCAAGGCUCUCAACCAGACGGCUGUUGAGUGCAGCUGGACUGUCACCGGACCCCCGGGACAGGCCAGAGCCCCGGGAACGGUCGGACCUCCGGGACAGGUGUACGGCGUGUUUUACGCCACGUCCUUCCUGGAUCUCCUCCGCAGCCCUCGGCAGGUCCACAGCAGCUCUCUGAACCUGACCAUGACCAUGGACAGUGAUGAGCAGUAUCUCUUCCUGGUCCGUGCUGUGGUUCCCUUCAUGGGUCCUCCCUCCGAAUACGCCGUGGUGAAGAUGAUUCCCAACGAGCGGCUGCCGCCCAGGAACCUGCACCGCGUGCGGGUGGACAAGACCCAGGCCACGCUGAAGUGGCAGCCGCCGUACGACAGCCCGGACACGCCCCUGACGUACGUGAUCCACGUGAGGGACGUGAUCCGGAGGGCGGAGCGCGACUACAAGCUGACCACUCAGAACAACACGGUGGAGUACCUGCUGAAGGAUCUGGAGCCCGCGGGGAGAUACGGCGUCUCCGUCCGGCUACGCAACAUGAGCAAAGAGGCCAGCUUCACCCUGAGCACAGUUCCUCUUCCGGCUCCAGAAGCGCUGAAGGUCAUAACGGAGAAGGACCACGUGUUCCUGUUCUGGAAGAGCCUGGCCGUGCGGGAGAAGGGAUUCAACGAGAGCAGGGGCUACGAGGUGCACAUGUUUGACAACGCCACCAACCUGACGUCCUACCUGGGGAACACCACGGAGACGUACUUCCGCAUCAGCGGGCUGCAGCCGGGACACAGCUACACGCUGUCGGUGCAGGCGCGCUGCCUGCUCAGCGGCCAGAUGUGUGGAGAGCCGGCCCUGCUGCUCUACAACCAGCUGACAGGGACCAGUGACGCCUCCCGCAGCGAGGCUCACUCCAAGGACAUGGCGGCGGUGGUGGUCCCGGUGCUGUUCAUGCUGCUGCUGGGGGUGUGUGGCGGUCUGGUGGUGCUUUACCUGCGGCACCGCCGGCUGCAGAACAACUUCACGGCCUUCGCCAACUCCCACUACAACUCCCGCCUGGGCUCGGCCAUCUUCUCCUCCGGGGAUGAACUGGGUGACGAUGAUGAAGACGCGCCCAUGAUCAGCGGUUUCUCAGACGACGUCCCCAUGGUUAUUGCGUAGCAAGACGUGGCUAUUCUCUUUUCUUCCCCUCCCCCCCACUGCCCCCUCAGCCUUUGUCAGUCCCCGUACGUGUGAUGGAGCGCAGGGCCAACAGGCCGGAGCUUGCCGUCAUCUCACAUCGAUGGGAAUCCAUCCCGCAGGAAACUCCAAGAAGAAUCGAAAGCGCAAAGAGAAAGAGAUAUUUUUCAAGAGAUUCAAUGCACUUUUUGGAUGCGCAAUAACUUAUUUUUAUAAUGUUAUAUAUAUGUAUAUAUACAUAUAUAUAUACAUAUAUGUAUAUGUAUAUAUGUGUGUAUAUAUACAUAUGUAUAUAUAUAUAUAUGUAUAUGUGUAUGGGGUCAAAAAAAGAAGUGAAAGAAGAGGUGGACACUGAAGCAAACUGUGAAGGAUCUGAGUUUGUCCGACUUACCAGGGGAGAAAAGACCCAAACUGGAAUGCAAACUCAUCACCCAUUGGAGUGGUUCAUUGCUUAAAGCCAAAAUAAGCAUCCAAACCGGAACAUAGAAUGCAAAAAAAAAGCCACAUAUAUACACAGAAAAAUAGAAGUAUAUAUUCUUAUGCUGUAUCCAGGACGUAGAGUUCCUGGGGUCAGUAACGGUCACGUGUCUCGGUAGUGCUGCGUUUGUGUACGAAGGCGUUAACGUCGGCGCCCCGUGGGAAGCGAGAGUCAACUGUGGGUCAUUGUUUUUUGUCUCCUAAAGAAUUAGAGUUUGAUUAUCUUGUUGGACACCAUUGCUUCUCCAGACGCAGCCAAACACAUCUGUGAUCGGAUCAAUCGGUGACAACCCAACUGUGUCCAUAGAAACGCUUUUCUUUUCCACCACCAGCACACUGUUGUAGGUUUGUAGAGGCCACGCGUUGGAUCUGAAGGGGAAACGCUGCCCUCCAAGCGUUGCCAAGAUCAUUGAAAACAUUUGUAAAUAUUGCCUUUUAAUAUGUCCUCUCCUUGUAAUGCUGCACCGUCAUUUUUAAAAUGUAUAUUUUUUAUUUUAUUCCAUUUUUUUUUUUUUUCUCCCUUUUAAUCAUUCAGGAUCACACAUGUUUGUCCCCCAGCAUCUUGUCAUAGCUGUAGUUGUAGAGGAAGUGUGUUUGGGGUUCUCAGGGAAGUGUGUCAGAGCGGACACCAGCACAGCACCGCCAUCUCCCCCAUCAUCACCACCUGCAUCAUCACCACGCCAACGCCACCGCCACCGCCACCGCCGAGCACCGUCCAUCCACUCGUGAAGAAGUUACUAAACCGUUGAGGAGUCAGGGGGCCAAUUCAUGGUACGAGCAGGUUAUGGUCGGGAGCCGUCAGGACGAGUCUGGCUUCUGCGUCUUCUGCUAACUCCGGUUCUCCGCCAGCCUCACCGUUCUGCCCACUUUAUCACAAACUUGGUUCCACGUUAAGCUUUUAGUGGCACUAAGUCAAAAUGUAAGCCGCCGUUAGUCAGCAGUUGGUUCACCAGACAAGCGAUGGGGGGAUUAUUUGGACACCGGUAACUACUCCCCUCCCUUUUUUAAGUGAAUUUUACCAACACAUUUAUUUUUGUACUUUUUUGUUUCUUUGUCAAGAUUUUCAGUCUGAGAUCAUUAUGAUUGCUUGAUGUAAUUGAUUCUAAUUCCUCAAAAAUGUGAAUUCAGGUGUCUAAAAUUCUCACCCUUUGCUAAUUGUCUUGGCAAAAGUGUUAAAUUCAUGAUCAAUAACAGAGAAAUGUUGGGUCGUUGCUGGUCGGCCGUCGAUAAUCGUCUCCGUCAUUCUCAAAAUAACCGACGCAUCAGUGCUUCCCGUUAACGCGGUUAAACGUCCAGUCGUGUAGGAGGGGAGGGUCGUCGGGGAGCAACUCUCAGAAUUUUCUCUUCUUCUUUUUAAUUUCGUAUUUUAUAAACUCAGACUUGUGAGAAAUACAAGAUUGUCUCAGAAAAUUAGAAUAUUGUGAUUUUCUGUAAUGAAAUUACAAAAACAAAAACGUUAUACAUUCUGGAUUCAUUACAAAGAAAACUCAAAUAUCCUAUCUCAAAAAAUUAGAAUAUUCUGGGAAUCUUAAUCUUAAACUGUAAGCCAUAAUCAGCAAUAUUAAAAUAAUAAAAGGCUUGCAAUAUUUCAGUUGAUUUGUAAUGAAUCCAGAAUGUAUGACAUUUUUGUUUUUUUAAUUGCAUUACAGAAAAUAAAGAACUUUAUCACAAUAUUGUAAUUUUCUGAGACAGUCCUGUAUCUGGAAAGUGCCGUAUGUUUGGAGGUAAAGGAGGCGAGCCUCAUCGCUCGGCCGCUGACUCAGCUGUCGGCAGCUACUAGGGAGAAAAAAUCUUACUCGUGGGCCACACAUCUGCUGCGUUGACGCGAUCGGCACCGGUUGUAGCAUCACUUCGUACCACUAUAAUCUACGUCAUCAUUGACCGACACGUCAGCCGCCACCGUGUGGUCAGAAGUGGGAUUGCUACAUACUGGCUUUAAUAGAAACAGACUAUAAAGUGCCACUUGGUUACGUUGAGUGGGAUCAUUGGUCGUCUUACUGAUGUUUUCAUUUUGGAUUGGUGCCAUCGACACGUUAAAUCUAUGUAUGGAUGUCGAUCGAUGGGUUUUAAACGUCUAAUAGCUGAAACAGGAGAGCGUCUUCGCAUGAGUGUGGAUACAAAGAGCUAAAGCCUCUUUGUUCGCACCAUCGUGUCCUUAAACUCCGGGUUCCUGGCGUUGAUCCGGCGGUUUUACGCCACAAUCGUGUUGUUGGAUUCACUUGUAGCUAAAUGGAACGGUUUGAUUGGUCGGGCGUUCACCAUUCAUCGGUUUUAUCUCUGCAUGUUGGUGUUGGCCAGGCGCCUCAGUCCUGUGGAAGAACAGAUAUGAGUUUAUUAAUUCAGAAGUUCAGAAUUCCCAAAACCGUCUUUGUUGUAAUCUUAGCGCCACACCCUGCUGAAUAAAACGGUUGUAAAACCGGGACGGUUCAAGGGUUCCAACCCAUCGUCCUAGAGAGACAUCUUUACAAACCUCCUGCUGUCCCAAACCCUCAUUCAUUUUGAAACUGCAGGAAUGUGACUGAGGAAGUCGGCGCCUUGUUGCCAUUUCUCCUCGGCUAACGCUAACGGAGGCUUGCUUCAGUUCCUACGCGUAGCAGCACCACCACCGACCACAUGGAGGUGGAAUCCUCUUCUGUGUGACAUGAAACCGCCCUGAGCAGGACGGGCCGCCAGGCCUCGUCAUACCAUUCUUGGUUGUGAUGAGCUGCCUCCUUGUGGUCAGAUGGGGGACUGCAUUCAGAACCAACCAGACUAGCAGAAAAUGAGAGAAUUACAGAAGAGUAUUAGGGCCAGGCAGGAGAAAAAUGAAAAUAAUAUUUUAGAGGUGGAAGAUUCUUUUUUUCAUUAUGCACUUCGAGAAAAAAGUCUAAAUGUCGAAAAAAAGGUCGAAAUGUCGAGAUUAAUGUUGAAGUACGAUUUCAAGAAAAAAGUAAAAAUUUCGUGAAUAAAGUUGAAAUGUUGAGCAAAAUUUCGACUUUAUUCACGAAAUUUUGACUUUAUUGUAUUUCGACAUUAUUCUCAAUUUCUUUUUUCUCGAAAUUGUACUUCAACAUCAUUCAUUUCGACUUUUUUCUCGACAUUUCAACUUUUUUUCGAAAUUUUAUUUCAACAUUAAUCUCGACAUUUUGACUUUUUUCUCGACAUUUCAACUUUUUUUUAAAAAUUGUAUUUCAACAUUAUUCUCAACAUUUCUACUUUUUUCUCGAAAUUUUACUUCAACAUCAUUCUUGACAUUUCGACUUUUUUUUCGACUUUUCUCUCGAAAUUGUAUUUCAAAAUUAAUCUCGACAUUUCGACUUUUUUCUCGACAUUUCGACUUCCACAAUAAAAAUAAAAUCCUCCUGUCUCAAAUAUUUGUUCUCUUGCACGGCCCUAAUCCUCUUCCUUAGAGAAUGUCCUUCCCGAGGUGAAGUCCCCCCAGUGUGAACGAACCCGGACCGCUGUCUGUAAAUGUUUCCCGUCCGACGACCUGAUCUCUGCGUGUGAGUCUGAGCGGGAGCGGCGUGAAACUGAUGGUGUCCUGCUCUCCGUUGACCGUGUCCUUGUUUUGUUGGAGAGACGUCUUCAUGAAUGUAUUUCGUACCUUUUCAAGGUGUCCAGCUCGUUAUGCUACUGUCAGCACUCUCGAACUCGGUGAACUCCGCGGAGUCCCGACUCGCCCAAGUGAAUCUGUAAGUCACCGCUUUCACCCUGAGGUGCUCGGCCCUCUCGCUGUCUGUGGACCUGCUCGCGCGUUCAACCUCCGGGCUGUGAAUACCGACUCUUGACCCCCCUCUGAUCAGGCGGAGCCCUUUGCCAUGUCGGUCGGAUGGUCAAACGGCGACCCCUGAGGCGUACGGGAGCGUCUUUGUUCUGUUUCAUGGCCUUAAAACAGAUUUUUAUGGUACUGAUGCUGUUUUUCUGUUGUUGGAUUUCGUGUUUUCGCCACAUAAUGCCUUACUCUAGAACGUGUUGAAUUUCUACAAAAUGUACCGUUUGUACGAUAGCUCACGAGUGCACACUCACGCUUUCACACGCUCACACGGCCCUGGAGGCUGGACGGCCCGGGAGGAGUCGGGCGUCGGGAUCAUUUUUGUCAUAUCACUGCUCCUGUCUGUGCCCGUUGUCACUCAGAAGUGUUUCUAGUCAGGUUUUACACGUGUACAGAGUAGAAUUAUGGGUUAUUUUGUGACUGUUUGAGCCCCACCCAUCUUAAUGUGGACUCACGAAGUCAUGUGACGCAGAGUUUGAUCAUGUUGGCCCGGGCCACGUUUGACAAUGUUGAUGUUUUGCUCGCUUGUGUUGUACAUUGCAAGAAGAUGAGAAGCUAAGAGAAAACGGUGUGAGGUGUUUUAAAAACCACUUAUACUGAAAUAAACGU